AUGUCGAAACGCAUCGUUAUCAUUGGAACAGGGUUCUCAGGACUCUGGAGUGCACUGUCUGCGAAACGUCUUCUUCAACUACACGACAAAGCCAAGGAUGUCGAGGUCGUCGUCGUCGCACCCAAGCCUACGCUAGUGGUGCGUCCAAGGCUCUACGAAAGCAAUCCCUCAGCCAUGGCGCACGAUCUUGAGCCCUUGCUUCAAGCCACAGAUAUCCAAUUUAUCGAGGGCGUUGUCGAGGUCAUAGACACUUCCAAGAAGACCAUUAAUUAUACUUCGGAGACUACUGUGGUCACUGCGCUUGGCUAUGACCGUCUGGUAUUGGCAGCCGGCAGCUCAGUCGUCCACCCCAAAGGUGUCGAGGGAGUGUCCGAGUAUGCGUUCGACAUCGACUCGAUCGCUUCUGCUUCAAAGCUCGAUCUUCAUCUUAAGAAUCGGGAGGGCUUGCCGCCGAGCGCUGCACGCGAUACUGUGGUGGUAUGCGGCGCUGGUUUUACAGGCAUUGAACUUGCCACGGAACUUCCCUCGCGCCUCGGCUCCAGCGUACGGGUUGUCCUCGUCGAUGGUUCCGAUGAAGUUGGAUCUCAGCUUGGCCCGGGGCCUCGUCCGGCCAUCAUCAAGGCGCUGCGAGAACUAGAAAUCGAGGUCAAGCUCAGAUCCGGCAUAGCCAGCAUCGACAAAACUGGUGUGACCUUGCGCUCUGGGGAACGCAUCGACACUAUGACGGCAAUCUGGACGGCUGGUGUCAGAGCCACGCACUUGACGCAGCAACUUUCUGAGAAGAGGGACUCCCUUGGCCGCAUUUGUGUGGAUGCGACGCUGUGCGCGCCAUCCACGAGGGACGUGUUCGUUACUGGCGAUGCUGCUCACGUACUUGCUGAUCCAGCGGGAAAGCUUGCUUUAAUGUGCUGCCAGCAUGCACUGUUACUCGGUCGUGUGGCGGGUUACAAUGCCGCUGCAGACCUAAUUGAUGAGCCCAAGGUGAACUACUCUCAAAAGGCUUACAACUGCUGCCUCGAUUUAGGAGGUUACGGUGCCGUCAUUGGCCGAGGCUGGGAGAGAGACAUUAUGCUGGAAGGCGACCUUGCAAAGAGGGUCAAGAAAUACAUCAAUGGUACUCUCAUUUACCCUCCCACAGACGCUGCUGAAGCCCUCGCAGCGGCCGACCCAAGUCUGUACGGGGAUUCCGACGAGUUGUUCAGGCAAAUGGUUGGCACGAUUCAAAAUUUGUCUUAG